CUUGAUUUUCUUUGCUGACAAUUGAUAAAUCGUAUUCCCCAGCUUCAAGUACCACAUCCAAUGUAUAUGGUCCAUUACAACAAAAUGCUGGUGAAACAACACGCAAAAAAACUACCGCUACGGCCAAUUUUCUUGUUCGUCGCUUUUUCAACCAUCAUCGGCAUUACACUGUUGCUUCUCAGUCUUUUCUUCUCCGACACCUCACCAAACCUAAUCCGUGUACCGUAUGCGACAGACGAAAAAAUCCUUCUCCUAUUCUGGUCCAAGUUGUGGGGUUUCCCGGCGAAAAAGAGCGAAGGAUUUCUUGAAAAAGGCAUUGGCAAAGAUCAGUGUCCAGUUGCUUGCGAGGUGACAUCUAAUCGUGAUCGAAUCAAACAAGCUCACGCAUUCAUCGUCCACGCUCGGGACCCGUAUCCUCUACCGCCAAACAAAGACAUCCCUUGGAUCCUAACCACUUUAGAGAACCCCGUUUAUACUCCUGUUUUAAAAAAAACAGAGUACAUGUCUCAAUUUCAUUUACUACGAAGUUACAGAUUAGAUUCCGAUUUCCCUACUCCUCUGUUCAAGAAACCAAAUUUGAACCCUCCUGUACCAUUUAAAAACAAAACCGGUAGGAUUAUGGCCGCAUUUAGUAACUGCGAACCGGUGAGGACCGAGUACCUCAGACAAUUAAUGAGAUAUAUCCAGGUAGAUUCUUACGGUGCAUGUUUGCAAAAUAAGGCAGGACUCGUCCAGCGUUAUAAAUCCGAUUUUAAAAAUAUGAAAUCGAAGUUACAAAAGACAUACAAAUUUGCUAUAACAUUUUUCAACCAAGACUGUGACUAUUUUGUCGAUGAUCAAAUUCUACAUGCGCUGAACGCUGGAUCUGUGCCAAUCGUCAUGAGCACAGACAAGAUUUAUGAGUUUUUACCAGGAAAUCUUAAAAACGCUAUCAUUAACGUAAGGGAUUUCAAAAAUCCCCGAGAACUAGCCGAGCAUCUAAAGUUUUUGAUGAAUAACGAAACGGAAUAUAAUAAGCAUUUAGAAUGGAAGCGAAAAGGUCUGGGGGAUAUAAGUGAAACAAUUAUUGGAAAAUAUUGGGAUAGAAAAUUCCAUCAUUGGUGCCAAGUUUGUCAAGCUAUUGCUCAAGGGAAAUGGCAUAAACAGGGACUUAAGGUUGAUCUUUGCCAGACAAGGCAAUUCAAUACUUGGGGCAUAAAUCCAGGCUAUAUAUAG